AUGGAUAAGUUUUGUAACAAAUGCAAAAAAGUCUUUGGUGCUACUGAACCUAGAGCAACUACAGAUGAUGGUAAAUCUUACUGUGAAAACUGCUGUAAGUGUGAUGGAUGCCAGCAAACUUUAGGAACAGGACAACAUUAUGAAAAGGAUGGCAAGUGGUAUUGUAAAAAAUGUAGUGAUGAUUUAAACACUAACGACAAAGAUAAAUGCUCUUUUUGUGGAAAAGAACAAGAAGAAUAUGAUCAAUGUAAAUGUGGUGAAAAGAAAACUAUAAAAGAAAUACAAUACAAUCACAAACCUUAUUGUUCUAAAAGGCCUCAAGAUAAACCUACUGACAAAGGUGAUAAACCUCCUAAAUCUGAUGAAAUUUGUGAAAGGUGUAAAAUUUCUUGUCGGUUCGAUGAGAAAAGAACAGGCAAUAUCCUUAAUUAUACAUUUAAAAAGGAACGCGAGCGAAACUGUGAUCACUGUGGUAAGAGAGAAUGGCCUGACCUGAAUAAAGAACAGGCUCAGAGAUUAACUAGGGUAGUUUUAUUUCCUCCUCAGUUAGAUAUUUCUAAUCAAGAACAAAGGCUAAACAAUCAGUCUAAUCUAACACCAGAAGAAAGGCAACAGGCUAAUUAUUUAAGAAAUUUACAACAGAAUACUUUACAAAAUGCUGAGAAUAGUUAUAAAGAUAAAUACGGAGAACUAAAAGAAGACAGUUCCAAUAACCCUAACAAGGGAAAAGGAAUGGAUAAGGGGGUUAUUGCUUUACUGAUAAUUGCUGGAGUAGCAAUAGUAGGAGUAAUCGUUUACUUCUUAAUUAGAAAAAAACCAAGAGUAAUUGAUAGUUUAAUUGGAAUAAUUAGAUAUUUUCAAGCAGGCAGUGAAGCGGAACAGUUAAAAAGAAGAGUUGAAGAAUUAGAAAGGGAAUUGUAG